AGCACUGGAAUGGGGGAACAAAAGCCCUCAAAUUCGCGCUUUACUCCUCCCCUUGUACGAUCCCAGAGUCUCCACAAAUUUCGACUACCUGCAUAUCCAUCCAUCCCACAGUUCCCCUGAACUGGUACGAAUAGUCUGCACCCAUGGAUUCCAUCAAGAUUAACCUCGCCGUCGACAAGUCGCGCAACCGCGUACUGUUCGCCGACGCGGGCUCCGACUUGGUCGACGUCCUCCUCAGCUUCCUCACGCUUCCGCUAUCCGCGAUCCAGUUCUGCGUGGUGCCGUCGCCGGGAUGCCUCUCCAACCUCUGUGACAGCGUCAGACGCCUCGCGGGAGGUAAGCUGCUCAAGGUUGAGGCCUGCCAUGGCAUGCUUCUCACGCCGUCGACCGCCCAUGAGUUUGGUGGCCGGUACCGGUACAAUCUUGACUUCACCCACGAUGCGUUCGUCAAGAACCAGCCGAACCUGAAGGUGAACGGCAAUCUCUGUGGCUGUUGGAAAGUCAUGGACAGACUUGUGCGUGCGUACAGUGAAGCAAGCUCUUCGCCUGGUAAGUUCGUGAGGUGCAAAGAACGGUUUGUGAUCAGCGAUGACUGGACAAUCACGCCGGCAUCCACUUCGCUGAUUCACAGGUUCAGCUCUGAAUCUGAGGCCGCCUUCCCCGGGUUUGAGGAGGUGGAAGUGCGUGUCAGCUGGCCCAAGGUUAUAUCCAUGCUGAAGGCUUCUCUGUCGUCGGAUACCAUAUUCACUGAUAUUUUCUUACCCAUGGGAACCGGUGGUCAGGAUGCUCGUGCCACUGUGAAACCGAGCAUCAACCAGAAAAUCGUAGCAACUCCCAAUGAAGACCCGGGAGCUUCAUCAGAAUUUAAGACCAAGUUUUUCUACGACGCCAAGGAGAGGAAGGUCAUGUAUGCUGAAUGCAAGCAUGAUUUCGUGGAUCUGCUUCUCGGUUUCUUGACUUACCCACUGGGCUGUGUGAUCAAGAACAUGAACGACAGUGGCCUCACCUCUCCUCUCGGCAGCGGCGGCAUGGCCAAUCUGUACGGCUUCAUAGCAGGUGGAUACCCGACUGAGACGUUGCUGAAUCCACCCCUUAGCCCGUUGUGCAGGCACCCUGACUGCUCCACUGCCAAAAAAGACUCCGUAGAACCAAAGAACUUCAUGGGUCUAGUAUCCCAUAGCUCGUGUGUUGGCUGUUGUUAUGACCUUGUCGAAGACCGAAAGUACGUGGUAGACGAUGAUCUGCUAGUGCACCAGGCCUCUGCGAUGUCUGUGACCAAGCACUGGCGUGGCAGAGACAAGGCUAACGUGGUGGAGAUGGACAUUGACAUGACGAAACAAGAGGCCGUUGUGCUGCUGCGGGCCAUGCUUACCUCGAGGACACCGCUGACAGACGUGUUCAUCAGUAGGCUGGAGGAACAUUCAUCUUGACGGCCACAGCCUGUUGAGAUGAGCCUGGUUGUGCAUUUGCUUGAUCAGUAAGUCCUGGUGGCAGUUGUUUUGGUUCUGUUUAAUUUGACCAGGUGGUGGUGCCGUGCUCUCCUCUAUAUGAUCGUUUUGUCCAGUCCCCUUACAAACUUAUUUGGUGUCUGAAUGCUUGAGGCUUCUGUUUUGUGGUGGUUUCCUUGCUCUAAAUGUAAAACUGUGAUGAGUUACAAGAUCAAUGA